UAAUUAAAAAAAAAGGAAGGACAGUGGUUAAUACAUAUUAUAAGAUAAAAAUAAAACCUUGCUCCUUUCUCAUUUUCUCGCAAGUUUAGCAGCACGCCUGCAAGAAACCUCGCGGGCAGCCAUGACGCCUUGCUGUUGCUUCUUUGGGCGGAGGAAUAGGAGGAAAAAGGGUAAUCACCCACCCAUUGCAGAAGAAAGUUCUAUUCCAAUUGAGGCAACUGUCAACAAAGAACAAGAGAUCAAAGAGGAAAGUGCUAUUCCAAUUGAGGCAAAUAUCAGCGCAGAAAAAGAGAUCAUAGAGGAAAGUGAUUUUCCAAUUGAGGCAGCUGCUAGCAGAGAAAAAGGUGUUCGGACAUUUUCUUAUGAUGAACUAGCAAAAGCAGCUGGUUAUUUCUCCAUUGACGAUAACAAUCGGCUAGGCCUUGGUCUUACGGGUGAAGUUUUUAAAGGAGAACUUUCAAAUGGUGAAGUGGUUGCAAUUAAGAGGCUUAAACAUCAAGCUAACCCAGAGCACGAGGAAAUGGCGAGACAUCAAUAUCAGGUGGAGGCUGAAAUCCUUAGCCACAUUGAGCCUCACCAAAAUAUUGUGAAGGUGAUAGGAUACUGCAAUGAUGCAUCCAACAGAUUGCUUGUUUAUGAGUUUGUCCCCAACAACUCUUUAAAGUCUUGUUUGCAUGGAAAUGAAAAGCAAACUAUUAAGUGGUCAGACAGAUUGAAAAUUGCUUUAGGCAUUGCAGAAGGAUUAACAUACUUGCAUGAAAUCUGUGAACCCAGAAUUAUUCAUCGAGAUAUUAAAAGUGCUAAUAUUCUUCUUGAUGAUAAAUUUAUCCCAAAGAUUGGAGAUUUUGGACUUGCCAAAGAAUUUAUGAGUUCUCAUACUCACGUUUCUACUGCCCCAAGGGGAACUAUUUCUUAUGAACCUCCUGAGUAUUACGCAGCUGAUCUGAGCACGAAGCUCACUGAAAAGUCUGAUGUCUUUUCAUUUGGCGUUGUUCUUUUGGAGUUAAUUACGGGGAAAUUUGCUAUACUUGGAGGCGAUGAGCGCUUAGUUGAUUGGGCACUUUCACCUCUCAAGCAAGUUCUGGAAACAAAUAAUAAAGAAGAUUUGGAUAUGAAAAAGUAUAAUAAUCUUGUUGAUUUCAAAUUGCAAAAGGAUAAUGACAAAAAAGAAAUGAGUCGAAUGAUUUAUUGUGCAGCAGCUUGUGUCUAUAAACCUAUGAAAUUACGUCCAAAAAUGAGCGAGUGGCCAACAGGACGUAGAGGAAUUUGGGCAUGUGAGUUGUAUGCCAAUGCCAUUUGUCAAGGCAUAGCUUCAACACUUUAUCAGUAGGGCAACAAUGCUUCUGUUGGAGACAAUUAAAGCUACAGAUUUUAUAGUAGUAUUUUUUUACAAUUGAGCCUCUCAUUUUGUUUUUGUACUUUUGAGCUUUGUGAUUAGUCAAUAUGACGUUUUUAGCAUGGAAUUGCCAAGGUAGUGGUUAUUUCUUGGCAAUAAAAGCUUUGAAAGAGCUUAUUCGUAAAUAU